AUGCCGCCCGCCGCCCUCAUCGCCCGCUCCGUGCUGCGCUCCGCCGCCCGCCCGGGCCCGGCCCCGCGGGGGCUGCGCUCGGGGCCAGAUCGGAAGGUUGAUGGGGCGGGGCCAGCCAUGUGGGCCACAUGCUGUGGGCGGGGCCUGUUCGGGGGCGUGACCGGCGUCCUCGCCGUCCCCUUCCGGUCCCGGCGGAAGGGAGCGCAGCUGCGGCGCCUGCCCCGCGCGGCCCCGCCCGGCCGCCACCUGCACCUGCACAGCCACUCCGACAGCGUCGUGGUGUCCCUGCAGUCCAAGCUGGCCUCGAUGUCCAACGACUUCAAAUCCGUGCUGGAGGUGCGCACCGAGAACCUGAAGCAGCAGCGCAGCCGGCGGGAACAUUUCUCCCGGGCCCCGGUGUCUGCCCUGGCUGCCAACAACCUCACCAGCCCCGCCGUGCUCCAGGCCGAGCCGCCGCGCCCGGGCGCCGUGGCCAUCGAGAUGGACAGCAGGACCAGCCAGCAGCUGCAGCUGCUGGAUGAGCAGGACUCGUACAUCCAGAGCCGGGCUGACACCAUGCAGAACAUCGAGUCCACCAUCGUGGAGCUGGGCUCCAUCUUCCAGCAGCUGGCACACAUGGUCAAGGAGCAGGAGGAGACCAUCCAGAGGAUCGACUCGAGCGUGGAGGACGCGCAGCUGAACGUGGAGGCGGCUCACGGCGAGAUCCUCAAGUAUUUCCACUCGGUCACGUCCAACCGCUGGCUCAUGGGCAAGAUCUUCCUCAUCCUCAUCGUCUUCUUCAUCGUCUUCGUCGUCUUCCUGGCCUGAGCCCCAAAAGGCGCUGGGACCCGGCCCCGCGCGCGGGGCUCGCACACGGACUCGGGGUGGGGACCCCAAACCCCCAAAAUACUUCAAAAUCCCCCCAAAAAAACCCAA